AUGUCCGACUUCUUCAAGUUGAUCUCAUAUCGCAACAUCCGCCGUGCUCGAGGGAAGAAGAUGCGAACCGAGAGCCGGGUAAAGGCCGGACGCCUUCGUGCGACCCUCACGCGCGCGGUGGACGCCGGAAUGAACGUCGAACCGCGCUGCAGACGUGGAGGUGGAGUCCAUCUUGCGAGAAAUAUAUCCCCUCGCGUGGCGGGCAACGUGGCUGAGGUGGGGUGGGCGGGGCAGGUGCAGGUGCAGUAUACCCUCGUCCACCCCACUCCUGGAACAGAGUUGAGCGACGCGGCUGAGCAGAUAGAGUUCCCCCGGCCCGCGCCCGAUGUCCCGUCGGAGCGCAUAGACACUGAGAUCCACCCGUCGGCGCGCGCAUCGAGAGCCAACCCCGCGCACGCUGCGAGUGGCCCCUUCUCGGGCUACCCUAUCAUUCGGCCUGUGCAGAGCGCACACGGCGGGAGUCAGCGCGACCGCAACCUGUGCAGACGAAGACGAAGAGGGCCACGAACCUCCGAACGCCCCGCCACUGUGUCUUUGCUGGCCGCGCGCCGUCUUGUCGAGUGUGGUGGGCUGACCGCGGACGGCCUGAUUAAAGCGUUCGAUGGCGAGAUCCUGCAGGCCCGUCUCGUCUCGGGCGCCGUCUCCCCGCAGAUGCACAUGCAGCCUCCAUGUGACGCCGGCCGGUUCUGCGGAAUGGAAGGGAAAGGGUGUCUCAUUAAGGACCCCUCGGGCAUCUGGACCCUGGCAGAGUCCGUUUGGAGCCGUCGUCAAGGAGGACCGACGGUGUGA